AUGGAUGCCGUGGCGACUGCGGCCCCUACAGCAAGGGGACCCGAUGAGGGUUGCAUGAAGCCCAGCCCUGGCCACUGGGGGGAGAUGAGCUGGACACCCGUCCCACCCAGGUCUGAGGACAAGGUGGACACCUUGGAGGGAGCACCCAAGGCCCCUGACAGUGACCCCCUUGGAACCGAGAGUGCAGCAGUGAGUGCCAUGUUGCGGGCCGUGGCUGCUGGCCACCUGCCUGUGUGCAGCCAGCAGCAGGGUGAACCUGACCUGACAGAGCAUGAAAAGGUGGCCAUCCUCAGCCAGCUGUACCAUGAGAAGCCACUGGUGUUCCUGGAGCGCUUCCGCACAGGCCUCCGUGAGGAGCACUUGGCCUGCUUCAGCCACCUGCGUGGGGACCACCGUGCAGACUUCUACUGUGCUGAGGUGGCCCGGCAGGGCACUGCCCGGCCCCGUACCCUGCGCAACCGGCGCUAUGCUGCUCUGCGUGAGCUCAUCCAAGGGGGCGAGUACUUCAGUGACGAGCAGAUGCGGUUCCGUGCCCCGCUGCUGUACGAGCAGUACAUCGGGCGGUACCUGACCCAAGAGGAACUCAGUGCCCGUGCCCGUGCCCCGGCUCCCCAGCCUCCAAAGUCCGGUUCCCCCAGCACCCCGGCCUGCCCCCUCUCUGACCUGCUGCUCCAGUCCUACCAAGAGUGGGAGGUGCAGCAGCGGCUGCUCCAGCAGCGGGAAGAGGAGGAGGCCUGCCUGGAGGAGGAAGAGGAAGAAGACGACAGUAAUGAGGAAGACGACAGCUCCAGCAGAGACUCAGAGGCCUGGGUCCCGGAUUCUGAGGAGAGGCUGAUCCUGCGGGAGGAGUUCACCAGCCGGAUGCACCAGCGCUUCCUGGACGGCAAGGACGGGGACUUUGACUACAGCACAGUGGACGACAACCCUGACUUUGACAACCUGGACAUUGUGGCACGGGACGAGGAGGAGAGGUACUUCGACGAGGAAGAGCCGGAGGACGCGCCCAGCCCCGAGCUGGACCUGGACGGGGACUGA